AUGUCUGUCAUGGACAAUCUGCACAAGCCACAUGUAUUAUUCCUUGGCAGUUUUUUGUCAGGAGGUGACACCAUUCCCAAUACUGUUUCCAACUCCUCCUCUCCUAUGGCAGAGUUUGAGUUGCUUCCACAUCAUCCCAAACCACUUCUACUAGACCAGAACAAGUAUCAGGAAUUUCAGACUCAGUUUGUGUUAAAAGAUGCAAUUGUUAUGGGAAAGCCCGGCUUUCCAACAGUAUCGUCCUAUGAGUUCAGGGUAGGCUUAGGUAGCCAGAAAGCGUCCCAACUAGGACUCAGAGAUAAGAGUACCGGUUCAAUGGUAAGGGUGCAGGGUAUAGUACUGGCACAGCGAUCAAAUAAGAAGGUUGCUAAGCAAGGAAAUGCACUUAAUCAAGCCUCUCAGAACCAAGAAACGGAAGGGCAAGGCUCUGAGUCAAGAGAUGACGUCCAAGAAGUGGAGAGUAGAGUCAGAAAGGAACAAGAUGGUUCCAAGUCUUCUGAGGAGAAUGAGCCAUCCAUCAAAUGUUCCAGAAGACAGCUUGAUACCAUCAAAUUCCCAUGGCACAAGAAGCAGGUUAACACCAUUGCCUCUUUGGUGCUGGAUAUCAAGCAGACCUUUGACCAGCUUGAGCGAUUCUCAGUUGACCCCAAGGGAGUUAGAGUUCCAAUACACCUUUCUGUCCUCCUUUGGUGUGGGUCCCAACUGCUGAAUCAGGCUCUAAUGGAGGAGGGAAGUCAGAUCAGGCUAGUGCAGGAGGAAAGAGAUGAGAACCUUGCCACAAGUGGAAUCAGAGCACAUGUCUUAAGUCCUCUGCCAAAUGUUACUUUGUGCAUUGCUGUGACAGAAGGGGAUAUUGCAGAACCCACAAGAAGUCUGAUUUCCCACAUCUCAGGAAAACAGGAGAAGGAUCCAAAUAGGGUCAUUGUGGAGUCUCCUCGCUAUUGA